GGGAGGGAAAAGUGAUGCUGGCACUACAAUAAUAGCCGUGAUGUCCUCUUCAAUAACCGCUAGUUCCACUCGUUGGAUUCACACGGAUCCGUUAUCGGCAUUGUGGAAUAUGUCAGAUGAUGUACCGACCAAUGACGUAACAAUAGGUCCGGAUCACAAAACUGUUAUUGUCUUGGAUCAUUCACCCGAUUUUGCCACUUCUUCCAACUUUAAAAUUGAUAUCCCACUAAAAGAUUCAACAACGGGACAGAUGCGUGUUGUGAGUCAGGUGGAGAAGACGCUUUGGACUUGUGCCGUUGAAUCAGCCUUUGAAUUCCAUCGAAUUGUUGAUGAAAUUUAUCCAGAUGGUGUGCGACUAAUACGUUUCGUGAUUUCCGAUUUUGUUGGAAGAUUUCUAACACCAAACUGGGGCACACAACUUAUCUCAUUAGAUCAGUUAUUGAAAUCAUUCGCAUCCUGUGGCGUCCCGGAUGCUAAAGCAGAUUUAUCAUCCUGUUCAAUAAUUAAUGGUAUCUCGAUCGCUGUUGAAGCUAUCAGUGAGUUGACAGAGUUACAGAAAAAGCAGUCUGACUUGAAUUCCGGUUUCAAGUAUUUUGGAAAAUGUAGUAAACGUGGCGAAAACAGUACGAGACAGUAUAAUGAUGACGAACAGUUUGGGAGCAAAGAUUUACUCGACUUUGUUGAUGAUAAGAAGAAAACGGACUUGAGAAAUAAGAAUUUUGCGGGUCGACUGAAAAGAUUAUCACUGCAAAUAAAGCUUGCAGAACGAGGAAUGCAUGCAUUAACAGUCGAAAAUGGUAUCAAAAAAGCGUUUCCAAAUAUGGGCUCGAUUGUUGUUUUCACUUCUCUUAAGAGUGAUGAAGAUAUUGCGAUGUUGACGAAACAUAUCACUGAAGAUAUUAUCAGUCGCAAUAAAAUUGUAAAAGCUUUGGAUGGUGACAAAAAUUUUGCUCCAAUCACGCAUGUGCAAGUUUAUUUUAUCAUUAUUUAUCCUGUGACAGAUGGCAAUAAGGAUAAAAUCUAUCUUCCGACCGCGAAACCGCUCACUAAGCUGAAUGAAUACGUUUCAUGUAGUGUUGUCUGCGCUGAAGCUGGUCUAUCACUGCGACCUGUUUUGCAUGGUGUUAUUCUGAAGCACUUUGAUUUAGCUUCGACGACGGUUACUAGUAUACCAAUGAAGGAAGAAGCACAACAGGGACAGUCGGUAAACUAUGAUGUAGAGGUAUUUCAUCCACGUCGAAGUCAUCAUUUGUUGCAUCAGUACGGCUUGAUCGGGCCAGGUUCUAAAUUACGGGUCAGUGUUAAUCCUGGCGACUACGAAACCGUUAGACUAGCUUGGACAACUCCAUCCGCUAAAAAUCGUUGGAAUCAGUUCCCUCGAUGUAUCUCUGCACUUCCGAUAUCGCCAGCAAGCGUCAAUGGUCGACCAUCUGUCUGCCUUACUUCAUUUCUUCUCAGUGGUAGGAAUGUCAUGCUCGAAGUGUUGAAACAAAACGUGCAUUUGCCACGAGACGUUACGCCGAAUGUUAAUCAAAAACUUAUUUCACAUUUGCUGAUGUGUCACGCAGGGAGAAUUUAUAUGCAUACAGUGUACAUCGGAAAUCAUCCAAUACUUGAUGAUAGGAAAGUGUUGGCAAGUACGGUAUUGCCUAAACCGACUACGGCGCUUCGUAUUGCUGAUUUUGGUAGUUUUAUGAAAGAAACGCGUCUUGUUGUUUCACCAGAAGCAGAUGUUUCAGCUUCGUUAGCCGAUGAUGAAUCGACAUAUAAUGAACAAGCACGGAAGCAGUUGUUGAGGCUAACUCGUUACUGGCCCUCUAAAUUAAAUGAAGCUUUCAUAUACAAUAUACCAAAAAAAUUCGAUCCACUGUUGACUUUAAUGCGACGCAGUGAGCUUUCAACGAACGAUGUUAAUAAAUGUCGAGAAUGCAUCUAUGCUUUAAUGGCUUACAAGGACCUGAAGGACCCACUUACUUUGAAAAGUGUAGAUUGCCUAAAAUUCAAAAAUCCACUUAGUAGGGAUGAACAAUUACGAUAUGCUUGUGAAGAACUAUUGAAUCAUUUACAUAACUAUGUGAACCAUUCAGCGAGACACCUUGAAGUGUUCAACAUGUUUCUGCAAAUUUCGGGUCUUGAUCGUGCAACUCAUCUUUCCGUGCAAGAUGUUUCAGUCCGCACCAUCCAGUUGCAGUCCAGUUCCUCAUCGGUUUCAACAAUGAGAAGUCAAUCACCAAUGGAUACGAUGCAACCGAAAAGUCGUAGUAUGUCUCCGGUGGUAAAAAAACCACGAAAAGCCAUAUAUACCUGGGGAGCAAAUGAAAAGCUGAGUCUUUACGACUACUACCUUGAACGAUACCAGAAGGAGCAUUUGACGAAAUGGAAGGAUUUCGUUGGUCGUGUAAAAGCUGGCAACAAACCUGCUGUACUUUAUCCAAAUCUCGAUCUUAGCAAAGCAUCUAGCAAAGGUGACGCUGAAUCUGUGUGA